CCAUCCUUUGGACAAGAUAACCUUGAAUUUAAACAAAAAUGGGAGUCCGUACUAAAUAAAUGCUCUUUUGACCUGAUGCUAUUACUGAUUGAUGAGGCAAAAAAUCAAAGAGAAGAAAUCAAACAGAAGAUACCGGAAGUAAAACGGAAGUUGUCACUUGUCAACGUGACACAACAACAGAAGGAGGAAGCAGCUAUCACUGAAAGUAAAAUAAACGACGACAUACGUGAGCUGACAAAGACCAUCACAAGUACAAAAAUGAACAAGUUUCAAAGAGACAAAAAAGAUUAUGAUGAAGGAGCCAUCUAUUCUUGGCAGCGCCGGCACACCCGGGGACCACCGAGACGCGGCCGUACAGUCUCAUUCAGCUUACCGGGCAGCACCACAAGUGAGGACGAGGACCGCUCUGACACAAGUCUGGCUGGUUCUUCUCAUUUUUUAGACAAAACCCGGACACCUCACAGUGGCGCAGGAAGAAAACACGGCGGGGCAGACGGGGGAGGAGGAAAACGACAGCUGAGACCUCGACAGCCCCAUCAAAAUUACCACCACCACCACAAACGGUGAAAGACGAGCUAUGGUGUGGCUUAAAAAAGAAGAAGACAUCGUGGUGAGAAGAGCGGAUAAAGGGGGAGCUACAGUAAUAUGGGGUAAGAAUGAUUACAUCAUGGAAGCCCAAAAACAAUUAAACAAUAGACAGUAUUAUGUGCCACUCAAAUCGAACCCCACUGAGAACAUAAAAAGAGACCUUUUUGCAAUUUUGAACCCUGCACUGGAAAAUAAGUGGAUUAACAAGAAUGAAUUUGAAUUUCUCUCUCCCUCUAACCCUAAACUGGCAACUUUUUAUCUUCUUCCCAAAAUACACAAAAACCUUCAUUCACCCCCAGGUAGACCAAUAAUUAACGGAAUUGACACUAUUACAGAACCAGCUUCUCAAUAUAUAGACUUUGUUAUCAAACCCCUAACAAUGUCACUGAAAGCAUAUUUGCAAGAUACUACACAUAUACUCAAGGACCUUCAAGAAAUGCAACAAGCCCCAAAUGCUAUUUUAGCAACCAUGGAUGUUGAGUCACUUUACUCAAAUAUUGACCACCAGGAAGGCCUAGAGGCCCUUGAACAUUUUUUACAAAAAAGAUCAAACACCGAGACUCCUCCGACACAAUUUGUUGUUUCUCUCACCCAAUGGUCCCUCAAUAACAAUAUAUUCCUAUUCCAGGAUCGUCUCUACCAACAAACCAAGGGGACUGCCAUGGGGGCUUCAUACGCCCCCAACUAUGCGGGAUUAUUUUUGGGGCUAUGGGAAGAGAGGUAUGUGCACAGCACUGAAAACCCCUUCAAACAGCUCAUCAAAUACUAUGGUCGUUACAUUGAUGACCUUUUCUUCAUUUUUACUGGUACAACAGAACAACUUCAAGAAUUUCAUCAAUAUUUAAACAGCACUAAUCCUAACAUCAAACUCAGUUUGGAAUUCAGCAACAAAGAAAUAAACUUCUUGGACCUUCUAAUAUCACUGGAUGAACAAGGCUCAAUACACACAUCUCUGUUCAGAAAAAGUACAGAUCGAAAUACUGUUUUACAUGCUGAAUCCUUCCAUCCUAAGAGUCUCAUUGAAAACAUUCCAUUUGGGCAAUUUCAACGUCUCAAGCGCAUCUGCAACUCUCAAACGGACUUCAAUACCCAAGCUACGGAAAUGCAACAGCGGUUCGUUCAAAGGGGCUACAAAGCAAAGACACUGAGUGGGGCUCUAACACGAGCAAAAACUUUGGACAGAAGAAAUCUUCUCAUAAGGAGACAGCGAGCUCCAUCACAAACAAAAAACAGAAUUUUCUGUACUUUACAGUACAGCAACAUGGCAUACAAAAUCAAAAACGCCAUUACAAAAAACUGGUCCAUACUGGCUUGUGACCCUUCACUGGGCCCCUUGUUCUCUGAGCCCCCCAGGUUUGCCUUUAAAAAAGCCCCCACCCUCAAGGACAAAAUCGUCAAAAACUAUUUGCCAGCAUCAAAACUUGAGACCUUUUUCAAAAAACCCAUUGGCACCUUCAGAUGUGGGGCAUGUGUCCAUUGCACACAGAUCAAUCGUUCUACACAUUUUAUGGACUCUACAUGCACCUACACUUUUAAAUGUCGUUCUUUUGCAAACUGUAAUACAACACAUGUGGUAUACCGACUGGACUGUGUUUGUGGGUGUUUUUACAUUGGUCGCACAAAAAGAAAACUGAAAGAGCGUUUUGCAGAACACAAAUAUGCUAUCCGUAAAGGAAACAUGGAAUAUCCGAUUGCAAAACAUUUCAAGAACAUGACCCACACAAACAUUAAUGAACUCACAAUCAUGGCAAUUGAAGUUAUUGAGAACACUCCCCGAGGGGGUGACAGGUUGAAAAGAUUAUUGCAGAGGGAAACCUUCUGGAUCCACUCUUUGAAAGCAACUGUGUUCCCUGGACUAAAUGAAGAAAUAGACUUUUCUCCGUUUCUGUAAAUAUAUUAAUGUGUUCUGAAUGAUUGUCUUUGAUGAUGAGGGUUUACUCACUGUUUCAUGCCACUGUUUCCUAUUCUACACACAGUGCCUUGCAGUCAGUAAUUUUUUCAUUAUUUAUUUUCUUCUAUAUGUUAACAUGAUGCAUCAUGGUUUAUUAUUGAAAUAUAGUGUUACAUAAUGAGCUUUAUUUAUGCAUUAUGGAUGAUAUGCUUGCCUAUUGCUCUGUGAAAAUAUUCCAAAGUGUAUAUAUUUUAUUUGUCUUUUAUGAAUGAAUACUUGGGUGGAGUCACAUGACCACACACGAUCAUGUGACUUCCUGUUAAGUGUUUUUUAAAAGUAGACUUCCUGCUGUUCAGUUCAUUUACAAAUGUUGCCCUGACGAAGACUUGGUGUCGAAACAUGUUGGUGGUGUCCAUGUAGCUAAUAAAGGACUUUUAAUUGAGUAA